UUCUGAAUGGAGGUCCAUUGAACAAAAUGACUGGAAUGCAUGACUUUUUAUGGACGACGUCAAACGUCAUCUCUACCUCCUUUUAGGCAUGACAUCAUUUUCCAAAGGAACGCAGUGACUAUGAUGCUGCAAUCCUCAGUCUGGGGGGGAAAAGUAUGAAUGUCAAGAGCAAAAGUCUACGAGGAAAAACGUGCAGCAUCACUGACGUCACAUGGUCUUUUUUUGUAUGCCCUCCACGUCUUUUGUGGGUUUUAUCCUUUUCGUGAGUGAGUCGGGAGAAAAUUUCGCCUGCGGCUGAAAUUUUGGCGUUGAGGGGGCCGGGACUGAUCCGCAUAGACGCCUCGACUUUCCCGUUUCCGAUGUGGCAUUUGAACACACUGAAGGGCAUACCAACAUCCUGUGGUAGGCUGUAUAGAAGGAGGGGAUGUCCCAAAUCACCUUCAUCCUUGCUGCUAUAGGCAAGUUUUCAUAUACCUGCAACAGCUGAUGGCCUGCAGUUUUCACUCGUGAGCCUCACGAACGGACGUUCUGAACGAACACUCUCUCCCCCCCUCAGAAAAGAUAACAACAACAAUUUGAUUCCAAUUACCAACAGUUUUAGCAGGGGAUUAAGACGCCAGUGGAAUGUGUUUUAAAGAUUAGUUUUUUGGGUUGAUUUUUCCAACAGUCGUGAAAGAGAUCAUACGUGUUGUCGGGCUGUGCGAGAGGCGUAUUCAAGGUUUUUAUUUUCGUCCUAGACUAGUCUAACCCAAUCCAUUUGCAAUGGCGUCCAACUACAAUGAAGAGGAUGAAGAAGGACAAGAAAUUAUUCCGGAUAAUUCGGCUUAUAACCAGUUGUGGCAAGAGGCGCUGGAUGUUGAUGAGGAAGUCCAGCGAAUUCUCCAAGAAUACGCCUUGCCAAUAAACGAUGACGAGCUGGAACAUGCGGAAGAAGCCCUAGAAGAAGAAGAAGGCGGAAUGAAGAGGACCAUCAGCGAAGAAUCGAUCGACUUUUUCGAUCGAUUCUCCAAGAUCAGCGAACGUGCCAAUACUCAAAGGAUUCCGGCCGGAAGACGUGGUCAGCAGCCGAAUGACAACGUUGUAGAAGAAGCCUUCGCUCGAGCCGACCGGAUCAACCAGUUGGACCGCCAACGGACCACCUCCAGUCCUCAAUUGAGCGAUGGAUCGGACGAAGGCGUCCAGGAAUCGGCACCGCAACCGGCGCCCAGAUCUCGACCCAAGUCCCGCGUCUCAACUCCCGUCGGCGGCCAAACUGGAUGGAUCUGGGGACCCGAACUUAUCGCCGGUCCCGAGGCGGAGAAAGUUUACUGUGAAGUGCUCUACAGUCUUUUGCACGCCAUCAGCCGCACUGGCUGUGAUAACAGCAGCAUCGAUCAAGUCUUUGACUAUUUAAAAAGAUCCUUCCAGUUUACCGACGCCAAACACGAUGAAUUGUUGUCAACUGUUCGUCAAAGAACGCCACCAGAUGUCUCGCUGCAGUUGGGCGUCCUCCAAGCGCGCAAUCUAAAGGGCAAGGACGUCAACGGCAUGAGCGAUCCUUACUGUUCCAUAUGGAUUUCGAGCAACCGGCAGAAAUUUCAGGAUACGUCCAUGAAACCAAGGACUUUGGAUCCCGUCUGGAACGAGACGUUGAAUUUUGCGGUAAAGGACGUAAAUGAAGAUAUUUUGCAACUUGAAAUCUGGGAUUAUGAUCCGGAUGAGACAGUCAAGGAAAAAAUGUCGCGUAUUAGUGAAGUCAAAGAUUUUCGCGGAAUGGGCAUCCUACUCAAACAAAUUGCAGUGGCGUCGAAAGCGCCCGGAAAACCGGCCCAUAAAUUCCUUGGAUUGUUAAACGUUGGACUGAAAUCGAUUCCCAUCUCUGGACUGGAACGUUGGUAUCAGCUGGAAGGGCGUGACAAGACCAAAAUUAAGGAACGCGGAGAAAUCCGUAUCAAUUUGACCCUCUCAGCCACCCGGUCCGAUACGUCGGAGCAUUUCACAUUGCACGAAAGUUUCGUCCAGUACGAGCGAUUGUUGAGGAUCAUCGUGGAACACGAGCUCCGUGCGGAUGUUGAAUGGCGUGGUGUCUUGCCGGACUGCGCGGCUGUUAUGCUCCGCCAAUUCGCCGCUCAUCGAGGACUCCGAUCCUGCGUGACGGAUGCGUGUUCCUGGUCCGUUUACGCCACCGUUUUGCACAAAAGGACCCUGGACCUUGGAAUGAUGCUGAACUUGGUCCAGCGACUCCGCAAGGCCAUCAACGAUGGUAAACUUCCCGAAGAGGAAUUAGUCAACGUCUUCUGGACGGCCGCCGACUCUUUUGUCGUCGCUGCCUUAUCGGCUGUCCGCUAUUUGCGCAAUAAUUCGGAAUUGAGUACCAAACCGGAACAACUUUCAUUUCUACUCGAGUGCCUUAAGGAACUGAACAAUUUGGGGUCUAACCGGCCAGGAUUCUCUGAACUGCAAGUGCGGAUCGGCGAGGCUGUGACGAUGGGAGCGGCCGAUUGUUUCAGCCGGAUUAUCGGAGGAAGAAGACAAGGCGGUCCAAUCUGUGACGACGACCGUUUAGAAAAUGCCAUCCGCAUUUGCCAGUCACUUAUGACCGACUUGAAGAAGGUCCUGACUGUCUACCACCAAAUCUUUGAACGGAUUUGGCAAAUUCCAGCCUUCAACAUCGUCUACUCGUAUUACGACGGCCAGUUGGCCGACACUUCCAAGCCUAUGGUGAUCAACGUCACCAAGUCACUCAAGUCCAUUAAUACUUCCAACAAUCAGAUCGUCUCUCUAGCGCUGGAAGCUUCCGGUGAGGUUCCUCAGACUCUUCAAAACGGCCAUGCUAAACAAAACGAAGUUGAUAAUAUCGCGCCAAGAUUAUCGAUGGGCACGGCUCUCUUUGAACUUUACCUGUGCCUUCAACAGUUUAACAAAUUAUCAGUUUCGUUGCCCAUGUUGGAUAGGGAAACCGUCAAAUUAGCUCCGUUUUACACUUGGUUCGAAACGGCGGUCGAUCGCUGGCUGGAUAUCGCCCUGUAUAAAGCCAUGAUCCGCAUUGGAAAAGCUGUUCAUUUAGAUAAUCUGCAAACUGUCGAUAGUAUGGUGAAGUAUUCCUCGUCAGCUGUUGAUGCUGUCAGCGUCUUUUAUUCGAUCAAAAUGUUUUGGGAACAACUGGCCUGGCCGGAUGAGAAAGGAGCCUUGUCGUUUGUGAUCAAGAUCAUGGAUGAGGUGAAACAAUCGGCCACAAUUUACGCCGAGGCCAUUCGACUUAAAUUGGAGAGACUUCAUUCCGGUUCACCGACAACUGGUACUGCCCAGCCGUUCUUCAUCUCCCUCAAGAUAUGUUCCGCCAUCAACAGUAUCUUACACGUCCAGCAAUCGAUCCAGCCCUUGGCGGAAGAAAUUGGAUUGUACAGGCUGAGCGACGCUGUCCAACGUAGCGAUAACAACGGUCCAACUCAAGAGACACUGACGGAAAAUGCCAUCAAAGACGUCAACGAAAAGUUGGACGAGAUCUUUUACGCCAUUGCUCGCAGGUUUGAAGUUGAAGUGGCCAGGCUGAUCAAUACUGUGAUGGAAUCGGAUUUCGGUAUGCGUCAAACUGACGAUCUCAACAGUUACAUUUGCGAUCAACUCUUAGCGCUGGAUACCCACCUGGAAAAAGAUGUUUUCGUCCGUGUUUUGAACAUCAUCUACCACCACAUUCUGCAAAGCUUCCUCAACGUUGUCGAGGGAGAAGUUCAAAAAAAGCGUCAACCUGCCUGCUUCCGCCAGUGGAAAGAACUGCUGGAUAUCAUAGAAAACUGCUUCCAUAACCCUGACGCUGACGCGGAAGAAGAAGAGGAUGAAACUCUGACCAAAAUCCGCUGGUUACUCAAACUGCACGGGAUGGAUACUGGCGAUUUGAUCCAUCAGUACCGUCUCGAUCGACUCAAACAGACGACUGAAUCCGGCCAGGAUGUCGGACUUGGUUCGCUGUCUGUCCGGGUCAUCUUUAUCGACGAUGCGCUUAAUAUCGAUAUACUUAAUGCCCGUAAUUUGAAACCGAUGGAUGUUAACGGCUCGGCUGAUCCCUACGUCAAAGUCCAGCUCUUGCCAAUUCAACAAUUUCCCGAUGCUGCUAUACUAAAGAGUAAAGUGCACAAACGUACUCUGUUCCCGCUAUUUGAAGAGAGCUUUACCUAUCCUGUACCAAAGUCGCUGCAGACCAACCCGGAAUGCUGCAUCCUAUUUACUAUCAAGGAUAAGGAUCUGAUUGGUGCCAACGAGAUGAUGGGCGAACACUUCCUAGGUUUCCAGCAAAUCACUCGUGGCGACUCCUCAGUCAACAUGAACGAUCUGGAGCAAGUGAUUUUGCCACUUACUAAACCGCUAGAGAAAGAAUCUGAAUUUCUAAACGCACUGGAGGGCCGUACAUGGGAUAAGGCGGCCAAAGAUUUCGCCAAAAAGGAGAAGAAGCGAAUGAGCGGAAAGUGAUUAUUAAUAAAACUGUUUACCAACGAUUUACAUAUUUAUACAUAUACUCAAUGGCGCUCCGCUGAAAUGAAUUUUUCUGUAAAUAUACAUACAAUUCGAGUCAG